UUCACACACAUUACCGGAAAAUGGUUAAUCUAUCAUCUCAUCUCUUUCUUUUAUCGCUUUCAUUGCAUUGUUGUUUUAUUGCUUGCUUAGCUGCAAAUACAAAAAACAUCACAACUGAUCAAUCUGCUCUUCUAGCAUUCAAAUCCCUAAUUACUUCAGACCCUUAUGAUGUGUUGGCUAAUAAUUGGUCAACGUCCUCUUCUGUAUGCAAUUGGAUUGGUGUAACUUGUGAUGAGCGACACGGUAGAGUCCACAGUUUGAUUCUCCGAAAUAUGAGUCUUAGAGGUACCGUUUCCCCAAACUUGGGGAAUCUGUCCUUUCUUGUUAUACUUGACCUCAAAAACAAUAGCUUCGGUGGUCAGCUUCCUACAGAGUUAUAUCGGUUGCGCCGAUUAAAGAUUCUUCAUAUCAGCUAUAACGAGUUUGAAGGGGGGAUUCCUGCAGCGUUAGGGGACUUAUCACAACUUGAAUAUUUGUAUCUUGGCGUUAACAAUUUCAGUGGUUUUAUUCCCCAAUCUAUUGGUAACCUUCAUCAGUUGAAAGAAUUGGGAAUUGGUCGGAACAAGAUGUCUGGACCCAUACCUCAAACAAUUUUAAACAUGUCUUCACUUGAAGUUCUCCAUUUAUCUUCUAACUACUUUUCAGGUGAAAUUCCAUCUCUUAACAACAUGACUUCUUUGAGGGUGGUCAAAUUUGGCUUUAACAAUUUAAAUGGAAGACUACCAAAUGAUUUUUUCAAUCAACUUCCUCAACUCGAAAAGUUUGCUUUAAACAACAAUCAAUUUGAAGGAAGUAUUCCACAAUCAAUUGGUAACUGCACAUCGUUGAUAUUCUUAGAUUUAUCAUCAAACUUUCUCACAGGUGAAAUUCCAAAAGGGAUAUUGGGUGAUCUUAGACGGCUGAACACACUGCACCUUGGCAAUAACCAGCUUUCAGGCAACAUAUCGUUAAUAUUCAAAUUCAACAGUUCAUUAUUGCAAGAAAUUGAUCUUAGCUAUAAUAAUUUGUCUGGCAAUCUUCCGUCAUGUAUUUGUCAUGAGCUCCCAAAUCUUAGAAUAUUCUAUCUUCAUCAUAAUGAUAUUUCUGGUAACAUGUCGACCGUUUGGAAUCAAUGUGAAGAGUUGGAGAUAUUAUCUUUAGCAUUCAAUAGUUUCAACAAAGGACCCAUGCCAGAUGGUAUCCGAAACAUGACCAAACUUCAAGAACUAUAUCUUAUGCGCAACAACUUGGAGGGUGAAAUUCCAUGGCUUAACAAUAUGACUUCUUUGAGGGUGGUCAACUUUGCCUUUAACAAUUUAAAUGGAAGACUGCCAAAUGAUUUUUUCAAUCAGCUUCCUCAACUCAGAAAUUUUAGUUUAUACAACAAUCAAUUUGAAGGAAGCAUUCCACAAUCAAUUGGUAACUGCACAUCGUUGAUAUACUUAGAUUUAUCAUCCAACUUUCUCACAGGUAUGUUGUAUUUUUUAUCUCGACAUAUUUACUUGAAAUAAGAUUCAUAAUUAUCAUUUUUUCAAUUAUUUUACAUU